AUGUCGGCCUCUGUUCCUCCACGUGUUAUCAAUGUUGGUAUUAUCGGCUGUGGUGAGGUCUCUCAGGUUGUCCACAUUCCCACAUUGGUCUCAAUGAGUAGCUGGUUCCACAUCACGUAUCUUUGUGAUGUCUCAGCAGAAUCACUUAGAUAUUGCGCCGGUAAACUGAAUGGAGAUAUUCAAACAACCAGCGAUGCUGCUGAGCUCUGCUCAUCUGAUCGAGUCGAUGCCGUCAUUAUAGCUUCCUCGGAUGAGUACCACACCUCACAUUGCAUUCUAGCCCUUCAGCAUAACAAGCCCGUUCUUGUGGAGAAACCAUUAGCCCUCACGAUGCGAGAUGCCAUGGCUAUUGGCCAAGCCGAGGAGGCCAGUGAGGGCAAAGUUAUGGUUGGGUAUAUGCGCCGUUAUGCUGCGCCGUUCGAGGAUGCAGUACGCGAGAUUGGGGGCAUGGGCAAGAUCUUGUAUGCCCGAGUACGAGAUAUUAUCGGACCUAACUCCUACUUUGUUGGUCAAUCUGGAACCUUUCCGCAAAGGUUUAAUGACUUCUCCGACACUGAUGUCCAAAACAAGGACCAAAGAGCCGAGCAGAUGAUCCACACAGCUCUGCAUGAAGAAUGCGGCAUUGCUGUCACGCCUGAAUCAACUCGCAUGUGGCGUUUACUUGGAAGCUUGGGUUCUCAUGACCUCUCUGUAAUGAGGGAAGCGCUGGGUAUGCCGCAGAAGGUCAUCGGGACCUCUCUUGGAUAUCCCUUUUGGAAUGUUCUCUUCAAGUACGAAAACUUUACAGUCUUAUACGAGUCGGGGCUAGAUAACGUACCGCGUUUCGAUGCUCAUCUUGAGGUAUACAGCUCUAAUAAGACUGUCAGGGUCCAAUAUGACACCCCAUAUGUCAAGGGCUUGCCCGUUACCAUGCAUGUGGCAGAGAAUGCCGAUGGAGCAUAUAAGGAGUCUACCAUUCGCAAGUCUUAUGAAGACCCAUAUACGCAGGAGAUGAAGGCUUUCUGGGAAAUGGCUGCAGAGGGAAAAGCAGCCAAAACGACUGUUCGAGAUGCGAUGCAGGAUCUUGAGCUUUUUGCAAUGGCAAUGCGCUAUGAGUACUCCAAUGCAUAA